GCCCCGCUCACCACCUCGCUUCCGGAAACGAGCCCCGCCCUCUGGCUAGAACCGUGCGGCCCCGCCCCUUCCGGGGGGCCGGCUGUUGAGGAAACUAGCCGCGGUCCCGGCCUCGCCUCCGCGCCGACUUACCGCAGCGUCAACCCCAGAGUUACUUUCGUUUUCCGCGGCCGAGUACCCCGGCCCAGGUGAGGAAGCACGGGCGGUGGGCGCCAGAUGCUGCGCCUCGCCGUGGCUGCCGGGCCAGGACGGUCCCGGGCCCCGCCGAGGAUGCGACCGAGUUCGGCGCUGCAGCGGCGCCCAGCCACGCCCGGGCUCCCCGCGGCCUGGCGCCGCGAACACCGCGCUCCUCCGAGGCUCCGCACGGCGGUGCGACCCCCGGGAGGUGAGCGGCACCGACACCCGCGCUCCCUAAACCCGCGCUCCCGAGGCCGCUCCGGGGGCUGCGCGUCCUCCUCGACCGGCGCUCCUUACACUGGGCGGCGCUAGGCUGUGUCGGCCUCUGUCUCCGCCUCCGCUCACGCCCCGGGGCGGUGAACGUGAGCGGGAACUGGCGGCCGCGGCCGCGUUCGCUGGACGAUCCUGGAUUCGCCUUGCUUUCCGGGUGGUGCUGAGAGAGCCUGUCAAGAGGUGCCCAUAGCUGCUGUCAGGGCGGAGUCAGCCUGGCCCGCAGGAAAGCACCCUGUGCGACCUCGGCGGUCGAGAGCUGGCAAUAUCGUUCCUCUGCCACGGCGGGCUGUCGAGGAAGAAAUGUGAUUAUUUUUGUAGCCCUCUAAAAUGCCUCAGAAGCUAGAGUCACAGAAGUACGGUAUUCUUGGACUGGCCUGAGUCCCAUGCUGAACUUACAGUUCCCUCUGGAAGUAACAAAGGCUCGCCAUCAUGGAUCUUCUUCGGGAAGCCAACGGCACCUUUGCCUUAAACCUUUUGAAAAUCCUGGGUGGAGACAGCUCGAAAAAUGUGUUUUUCUCACCCAUGAGCAUCUCCUCAGCCCUGGUCAUGGUCUUCAUGGGGGCAAAGGGAAACACUGCAAGCCAGAUGAUUCAGGCACUCUCUUUGGAGAAAUGCAGCGGCAAUGGCGAUGGAGAUGUCCACCAGGGCUUCCAGUCACUUCUCACCGAAGUGAACAAGACUGGCACACAGUACUUGCUCAGAACAGCCAACAGGCUCUUCGGUGAAAAGACUUUUGAGAUCUUGGCAUCUUUUAAAGAUUCCUGCCGCAAGUUCUACGAAGCAGAGAUGGAAGAGCUGGACUUUAAGGGUGAUACAGAGCAGUCCCGACAGCACAUCAACACCUGGGUGGCCAAAAAGACAGAAGAUAGAAUUAAAGAGAUGCUGGAUCAUGACAUGGUGAAACCAAACACUGCUCUGGUCCUUGUAAAUGCCAUCUACUUUAAAGGAAACUGGGAGAAACAGUUUAACAAAGAGGACACCCGGGAGAUGCCUUUCAAAGUCACCAAGAACGAGGAGAAACUUGUGCAAAUGAUGUUUAAGAAGUCUACUUUUAAGAUGACCUAUGUGGAAGAGAUAUCCACCAAAAUUCUGUUAAUUCCCUAUGCUGGGAAUGAGCUGAACAUGAUUAUCAUGCUUCCAGAUGAGCACAUUGACUUGAGAAAGGUGGAAAAGGAAAUCACUUAUGAGAAAUUCAUAGAGUGGAUGAGGCUGGACAAGAUGCAGGAACAAAAGGUGGAGGUUUUCCUCCCACGGUUUACACUGGAGGAGAAUUAUGACAUGGAGAACUUCCUGUGCAAGCUGGGCAUGACUGAUGCCUUUGAGGACAGGGCAGACUUUUCUGGAAUAUCUUCCAAGCAAGGCUUGUCUCUGUCCAAGGUUGUGCAUAAGUCCUCAUUGGAGGUCAAUGAGGAGGGCACAGAGGCUGUGGCUGCUACAGCUGCCGUUUUCAUUCUGGGGUCACCAUUGUACACUUCCCGCUUCUGUGCCGACCACCCCUUCCUCUUCUUCAUUCAGCAUGUUAAGACCAAUGGGAUUCUGUUCUGUGGCCGGUUCUCCUCUCCCUGA